AUGACUCAGUUAAAAAUGAUGAAUAUCAAAAGUACGUUAGCGAAAUAUGAUUUUGAUAUUUUAGCGCUGACUGAAACAAAAGUUAUAAUUAAAAAUGCAAAGUUUAUGGCAAAAAGUGUCGGAAUUAACAAACAUUACACAGUUUUUGGGAUAAUUGAUAACGCUCAUAUUAAUAGUACUGGAAUUAUAAUAUUAGUUAAAAAUGACAUAGCUAAUCACGUGACAGAUGUUCAAGAUCAUUUGGGAAGAAUAAUUAAAAUAGAUUUUAAUUUUAGUAAAUAUAAUAAAUUCUCAAUUAUUGCUAUUUACAAUAAAAGUGGUAAUUCCGUUCAUGCUAGAGAUUCACGACAGACGCUGAACCAAAUAGUAAUAAAUUUAAUAAAAGAAGCAAGAAGGAAACAACAACAAAUCAUAUUUAUGGGUGAUUUCAAUUUAAGAUUCGAUAGAUACGAAAAGCUCAAAAAUAAGAGGGUUAGAAUAAAGAACCAAUUCAGUAUAUUUAAAUAUUUAGAAAAUCAUGAGUUCAUUGAUGUCCAUAAAGAUUUUCUCAAUAUAGACGAUCAAAAUCUCUCAAAACGCUAUAGCACCUUUCAAAACUAUUCAACAUUUUCUCAGAUUGAUUAUAUGUGGAUAACAAACAAUUUGUAUGAUGGAGUUAUUAAAGCUAAAAUAAUAGAAUAUAAUAGUUUGGAUACUGAUCAUAGUCUAUUAAGCAUGAGAUUCAUUAGAAACAAUGUAAUAUUUCAACCAAUAAGGACAAACAAAAAUAUAAAAGCUGGUAGAAUAAAAUAUCUAUACGAAGACUUAGAUGAAGAUAGUAAGAAAAUGAUUAUAGAUAUGACAGAAAAAGAAUUAGAUGUUAGAUUAAAGAAUUAUACACCAACGAAUUUAGAUGAAAAAUGGAAUAUAUACAAUCACGUGAUCGCAACAAUUAAAAAAAAUCAUAUCAAACAUAAGGAGUUUAAAAUAGUAGUAGAUAAAGAAGAUCAGGAUAUCAAAAAUACUUUAGAAUAUAGAUUCUAUAGAUACAUAGUUUACAUUAGAAGAGGACUAAAGAAGGCUAAAGGACUUGAACAAAUUAAGAAGAAUUGGAAAAAGAUCAUUAGAAAUCUUCGCUCUAUACUUAAGGCUUUAGAAAUUAAUGUCGACUUUUAUAUAUUGAGUUAUUAUUUUAGAAUAGUAUUAAUAGAUACUUAUUUAAAGGAGAUAGAAGAAUUAUUUUCGGUUGCGUAUAUUUCUUUGAAUACUGAGAUGGGUAAGAAAAAAGAAAAAAAAAUUAUGGAAGCGAUAGAAAGAUGA